AUGGACGAAUUCGUCGACUGGGACAAGGCUGGUGACAACGUCGGCAUGCUGCUCGACCACACCGGCCCUUUGCCUCCUUCUCCCCCAGACCACAUCCCCACCAACAUCGCUGACCAAGACAUUGAUCUUAUGUUGGCCAAUGUCGACGAUGAUGACUUCAGCUUCUGGGCCCUCCAACACUUUUCCGAGGCGGGCCAGGAAGGCCAAGACGCACCUCUAGGGUCUACCUCCGCCGCCUCCGCCCUCCAGAUGGACCUCUCCGCGGGUCCCGCCCCCGAGCCUUAUCAGCUCCCUAACCCCUUGCCGGACUUCUUCUGGUACACGCCUGCCGUGCCAUGCACGUCAUGUUCCCGCAGCGGCCUCGAGUGCAAGAGGAUCCGCGAGGGUGAGUACAAGGGCUUCUGCACCUCCUGCGUUGCUCUCUGGUGCCCUUGCAGCUUCGCACCGUCGGUGCCGGCGAACAACUGGUCCAACGAUCUCUCCGAGGAUCCCGUGGUCACCAAUGACAAAGACAUCCCUUCCUCUAAGAGUCUGCUGAAGGCAUCACUGUCCUCCGCGUCUUUAGAGAUGGCGCCUCCUCCGACUGUGCCCCCUGUUCAGGAGAACACGGUCCCCGCCGCUGCGGGUGCUGCUGUACCAAACAAGAACAGUCCUCCCCCUAAGAUUGGUGCUCGUUUCUCGCGAGAAUCCGUCAAGAUUCUGAAGACGUGGCUUUCUGGUCACAACCGUCAUCCGUACCCCAGCGACGAAGAGAAGGAGAUGCUUCAGCGUCAGACCGGUCUCAACAAAACGCAAAUCACAAACUGGCUCGCCAAUGCCCGUCGCCGCGGCAAAAUCCAACCGCCUAGGUCAACGUCCCCGGCCACGCACACCCUGUAUGCCGGAGCUGUCGAUAUCCCCCGGCGGCCCGGCACACCGGCCUUCGACAAGGGCAUCGCCAACAAGAACCCCCUCGAACGUUGGGUCGACUCUCCGCCUGAUAACGAACCGGCCUCCGUAACAGCCAUUGCCAGGGCUGUGGCGUCCAAUUCGGACAUGUCUUCGGGUUUGAACAGCCCUCACAGCUUUGCCUUCACGGACGACGGCUCGGGUCGCUCGCUGGUCGACUAUUCCUCGACGAGCAGUGUUGGCACAUCCAGCGGCGGGUCUUUUGCCUCUGCUUAUUCGCAUGCCUCCCGAGGCUCCUUCGGCUCCUUCAGCUCCAUGCAGAUCCGCGGUCGUCGACGCCGCAGGAGGCGCGCCGCCCCUCAGCGUGGUCCAGACGACAAGACCAACCUGGCAGCGCAGUUCAAGACUUUCCAGUGUACAUUCUGUACCGAGACGUUCCGGACAAAGCACGACUGGCAAAGGCAUGAAAAGUCGCUGCACCUGUCUCUCGAGCGAUGGGUAUGCGCACCCAAGGGACCACGCGCCCUCAAUCCGGCAACCAACCAGGUCAGCUGCGUCUACUGUGGCGAGGUCGACCCGGAUAAUGAGCACAUUGAGAGCCACAACCACACGACGUGCCAGGAGCGCUCACUUGAAGAGCGCACCUUUUACCGGAAGGACCACCUCAACCAACACCUGAGACUCGUACACAACGUCAAGUUCAUGGACUGGUGCAUGAAGACGUGGAAGGUGGCUACGCCGGAGAUCAGGUCACGGUGCGGUUUCUGUGGCAUCAUAAUGGAUAACUGGUCCAUUCGUGUAGACCAUCUCGCCGAGCACUUCAAAAUGGGCAACACCAUGGCUGACUGGAAGGGUGAUUGGGGUUUCGAGGCACCCGUCCUCGACAUGGUCGAGAACUCGAUCCCGCCUUAUCUUAUUGACCAUGAACGGAACACGCCAUUUCCCUACGUAGCGGGCGGCUCGCCGCCCGAGUCACCAAGGAGUGCCUACGAACUAAUCAAGAUGGAGCUCGCUUUCUUCAUGAUGAAUCACGAGGACAAGACGGGGGCCCUGCCCAACGACGACGAGAUGUUGCUCGAAGCAUGCAGAAUCAUUUUCGCCAGCGAAGUGUUGUCGCUACAGGGCAUCGACUCGAACUUCUCCUGGCUCAGGGACCUCUUCAUGUCGUCCCCAGAGGUUGCACGCCAGGCGCAGUUCGGACCCCUCCGUUCGGCAAUUGAGAACAGGCUCUCAAUCCUAAAGAUUAACGGCAAGGACAACUUGUUCGAGGCCUGUCCUCUUGAGAAGCAGCUCAGGGACUUUGUCUCGAGCAGGACGUUACUCGGAUUAACCCCCAUCGACGACGAGCUACAGGUCGAGGCGUGUUGCAUCGUCGGACGCAUCGAGGAGGCAUCAACGACACCGUCAGAUUUCAUCGCCAACUGGCUUGUUCGGUUCAUCAACUCAUCGACUGGUUGGCUCGCCAACUUCCGGCAGCGAGCCCACCUACCGCGGACGGAGGACAUCAAGAAUGCCUACUUCCGAUCCACGGACACGACCAAGAUCGAUUCCACAAUCCACAUCUACAGCCGCUUAGAGACGUCUCUUAGCGAGUACAUGGAGGACCAGCGGGUGUUGGGCAUCGAGCCGACCGAUGAAGACCUGCAGCGCCGGGCUCGCAUCAUCAUAUACGAGUUCGACGACGGCUGGAACCAGACGGCCGCUGACAGCCUCGUCUGGCUCAAUGCUUUCCGCGAGCGCCAUCCGCCUGGAGGCAGUUUCUCUCAGACGCAGGAUUCUCUGAUGCCGAAUGCCAGCGAGCCCGCACAGACUGUGCUCGGCCUACAGCAGCCGCUUGCGUCCUCGCCGCCGCGAUCGAAGCACAUGGGCGGAGCGACUUGCAUGAACGACUCGAAUCGAUUCCGAAGGCUGGCGCGUGAGCUGAGGCGAUUCGUCACACAAACAACGUCGCCGAACAAUCCGAACCAGCACGUGCCCUCAGACCAGGAGCUACAGCACCAGGCGCGGUGGAUCAUGUACGAUGACGACGAUCCGUGGAACCAGACGCCCGCGGACAACGCCGAGUGGCUUCAGCGCUUCAAGCGUGAUGCCGGCCUACUGGCGGCAGCCUCGCCCCUUGACCCGAGCCAAAACGUGGUCCCUAGCCGCACAAUGGCCGAGGCCGCGGCAUCGAGCUGCCCCUUCAACCCUAAGAUUAAUUUCUCGACACCCUUCAGCACGAGCACGACGCUCGCAGGGACCAGCCCGUCAUCGACAGGCGAGGGCACUCGCGACCAAGCUGUGGCGGACGCCUUCUUCGCGACCUUUGACACGCGUCACGCGCGGCCUGGUACCAUUUUCUGCGCGCGCGAACUAGAGGACUCUCUGGUUGGGUUCGUUCACUCAGAAGCGGCGGCCGGGCGAGAGUUUCCAAGUGACGAGGUUCUCAGGGCCAAGGCGCGAGAGGUCAUGGGAGCCGUGAGGACGGCGGCAGACGACGAGACGCUGCUGGGCAAGUUCAAGGCUUGGGUCGUCGCUGAGAUUGCGGGGGAGGGUGAGCAGCAGAGGCAAGCUUUCACGGACCGCGAGAUCGAGGGCAUGCUUGCCGAGAUGGAGAUGGAGUACGGUGGGGAGAUCGGAGGGGGAGCUUCUCUGGUGUGA